AUGAACAAUAUCAGACUCGUAAGGAGAUUACCUUUUAGCCAAUUGCGUUCAUUUUCACGAUGCUCAAUACUUCAACAAGAUGUAGCAGAAGCUAUUAAUCCACUAACUAUACCACCACCUGAAGGCGUAGACAAGCCAGUAUCUCCGAAAAUUGAAAAAAUUGUAUCAGAAAUUACAACUCUCAAUUUGUUAGAAGUAUCUGAACUAAGCCAAGUUCUAAAAAAAAGGCUAAACCUUCCUGACGCACCUGUGAUGCCAAUGGGAGGUUUUGCUAUGGCAGCCCCUGCAGCUCAGGAAGAAGAAGAUACUACACCUAAAACUGUUAAGACCAGCUUUACUGUUAAAAUGACUAAAUUUGAUGAAAAGCAAAAGGUAGCACUAAUCAAAGAAGUUAAGAGUCUCUUAGAAGGCUUCAAUCUGGUGCAAGCAAAGAAGUUCGUAGAAAGUGUACCUACUGUUGUCAAAGCAGAUAUUUCCAAAGAUGAAGCAGAAAAACUUAAAGAAGCUCUGUCCAAGGUUGGGGCUGUCAUAGAAAUUGAU